AUGAAUCUAAUAUACGAAACAUAUAAAGCAACACUUAAGAAAAUACCCGCCACAAGAUUGUCACGUUUAACCGAGGCCUUAGCCAAUUACGAUCCAGUGCUCAAUGAAUAUUUUUUUGAUCGGCAUCCUGGAGUAUUUACACAAAUUCUAAACUAUUAUAGAACUGGUAAACUUCAUUAUCCUACCGAUGUUUGUGGUCCGCUAUUCGAAGAAGAAUUAGAAUUUUGGGGUUUAGAUUCGAAUCAAGUGGAGCCAUGUUGUUGGUCCACCUAUAGUAUACACAGAGAUACUCAGAAUACCUUAGCAAUUUUGGAUAAAUUAGAUAUUGAUAAUGAAAAACCUUCCGAGGAACAAGUGGCGAGAUUAUUUGGUUUUGAAGAUUCCAUAAAUAAGGGACAAUUAAAUUGCUGGCAACGUUUAAAACCAAAAAUAUGGGCUUUAUUUGAUGAGCCCUCUAGUUCAACAGGAGCUAAGAUUGUUGCCAGCAUGUCCGUAUUUUUCAUAUUCGUUUCUGUGAUAUCUUUCUGCCUAAAAACCCAUCCGGGUUUUCGAGUAGACUUUACACCCACCAAUAGUCAGCCAACAUUAACAAAUUUACCGAUCAUACCUCAACAACAGCAACAGCCGCCCACACUAAAUGCGUCCUCGAGUCGUGAGUUUAAUGGCAGCAGCAUACCGCUGCUUCAGCCUCUAUUCAAAGUCAUUAAUUAUACUAGUCCCUUGGUUGGGAAUUAUAGUUCGGCCUUGGCCACGCCCAUAGCCACUUUUAGUUUGGAGAAAUCUCGUAGGAAUGAACGCACCCGACGUGAAUCGGAUGAUGCUCGUCAUGCCCAUGGUUGGCAUCAGUCAUUUGGCCAGCCGCAUGAGGCUUUUUUCUAUGUGGAACUAGUUUGUAAUGUGUGGUUUUUCUUUGAGGUCAUCAUACGUUUUAUAGUUUCUCCCAAUUUAUGGCAGUUUGUCAAGUCACCGGUGAAUAUUAUUGAUUUUGUGGCCACUUUAAGUUUUUAUACAGACGUUAUGCAAAGGAUGGGUGAAUAUACGGGACUAUGGGAGGCAUUUUCCAUUGUACGGAUAAUGCGUUUAUUUAAAUUGACACGUCAUUCGCCUGGUCUGCGCAUAUUGAUCCAUACCUUUAAGGCUUCUGCAAAAGAACUUACAUUGCUGGUGUUUUUCCUUGUACUGGGUAUUGUUUUCUUUGCCAGUUUAGCUUACUAUGCUGAAAAGUUGCAGGAUAACCCGGAAAAUCAAUUCAAAAGCAUACCCUUGGGUCUCUGGUGGGCAAUUGUAACAAUGACCACUGUGGGCUAUGGCGAUGUAGCACCUAAAACAUAUCCUGGCAUGUUUGUGGGAGCUUUAUGUGCGUUGGCUGGUGUCUUAACAAUUGCACUUCCGGUUCCUGUAAUUGUUAGCAACUUUUCCAUGUUCUACUCACACACACAGGUAAGUGUGCGAAACAAUAAAUGACUAAAGUACAGAGGAAGGGAGGAAGAGAGUAAAUGUAAUCGAUUUAUCUUUUGUGAAAUGUUGCAAUUAUUCUUAUGAACAGUAGACAUGUUUAUUAAAUUACUGGCGCCACUUGCAUCAUGUACAUAUUUUAUUUAAGAUGUUUAUUUAAAUGCAAUAUUAAAUUAUUGUUGCAAUGUAAUGACAGUUUUAAAGGAAAUCUUGACAGGAGUAUAUGUAUAUUUUUUGGAAA